CUCUUUUCUUAUUGGUUAGACAGAAAACAGAAGAUUUUAACCAAUCCUAUCUCGCUUGCAGCAAUUCCACGCAGCACUAUAACUGCCAUCUUGUUGCUGCUUACAGAUCACUUUUUUUUCUGCUUUUCCUGUGGCGGUUGUACUGUUGUUCAACGCAUACCAUGUCUGGGCGCGGGAAGCAAGGCGGGAAGGCUCGCGCCAAGGCUAAAACUCGCUCUUCGCGCGCCGGGCUCCAGUUCCCCGUGGGCCGAGUGCACCGGCUGCUCCGCAAGGGGAACUACUCCGAGCGGGUCGGGGCCGGGGCCCCGGUGUACCUGGCGGCGGUGCUGGAGUACCUGACGGCCGAGAUCCUGGAGCUGGCGGGCAACGCGGCCCGGGACAACAAGAAGACGCGCAUCAUCCCGCGCCACCUGCAGCUGGCCAUCCGCAACGACGAGGAGCUCAACAAGCUGCUGGGUCGUGUGACCAUCGCUCAGGGCGGUGUCCUGCCCAACAUCCAGGCGGUGCUGCUGCCCAAGAAGACCGAGAGCCACCACAAGGCCAAGGGGGGAAGAUGGCUGCUGAUUGAAAUGAACCAAUCAGAAAUUUGCACCGGAUGGAUGAACCAAUGUUAAAUAGCUCGAAGCACUUCCGGAAUUAAGCAGCUCGUGACUAACAGGAAUUGCCCACAAUCCAAUCAGAGUUCUGCGCAUUUAGGCGUGGUACAUGGAUUUCGUGUGUGUGAGCUGUUUUACCUUGUGAAUCACUAACAGAAAAACAAGAACUGGGAGGGAUGUCUUUCUUUUCAGAAGCCCCACCUUGGAUGGUAGUAAAGGAGCUAAUACAGUGCCUAAUGAGGCCACUGGGAGGACAGUGAUAGAAGGGGCUGAGAUUUCUCACCCUUAGCCUCAUACAGUAAAUGAAAUCACUGAAUCUGAUUAUCUGGAGAUAAUCCCACCAUCUGACAGGAUGUUAAAGAUUGGUCAAUUAAAAACACACCUGGACUAUUGGGAAAAACAAGACAAAAACAACUAAUGACCUAGGGUUUAAUGAGAAAAGAUGCAUUAUAAAUAUUCCCUUGAUAAUAAUGGUGCUGAAAUAUUAAUGUCAUCAAAGCACAUUAGCAGGGAAACUAGAUUUUUUUAAUUAGGGGAACUUAUUCAUGGAGAAGGAAUCUGAGAUGAAAUUGGAAAGAUUAUUCCAGGUAGAAAGGAGAGAAUUACAGAUGAAUAAAGUUGUCAAAACAAACAAAAAAAGCAACAACAACAAAAGGCUAUAAAGUGCCCACUUGAACCAAAGGCUAAUAGGGAGCAAGUAAUAAUUUUUAUAAGACAGAUGAUCAGAAUUGAGGAAUUAGGUGCUGGAGAAACUAAUUAAGAAGAACCAGUUAGGAACAACCUGGUUACAAUACUAAUUAGAAAGCAAUGGAAUCAUUCCAGGUGUAAGAGAACAAAGAGAGAAUGUGAGAGGGUAGAAAACGUCAGAUUAUAUAAACAUCGGCCUCCCUCAUAGCUCAGUCAAUAAAGAAUCUGCCUGCAAUGCAGGAGACAUGGGUUCGAUUCCUGG